AUGCUUUUCAUGAAGGAGUUUUAUAGUAUGGGUAGAUUGGCUUAUAGGAUGAAUAGCUCUUUCAUCACAUUAAUUCCUAAGAAGGUCAAUGCUCUCAAUCUAAAUGAAUAUAGGCCAAUAAGCUUGAUUAGGUCAAUAUACAAGUUGUUGUCUAAGGUUCUUAUAAGUAAACUAAAACCAGUUUUGCUAGAAGUAAUUAGUGAAACUCAAUCAGCUUUUUUGGGUGGAAGGAAUAUCUUGGAUGGAAUUUUGAUUGCGAAUGAAAUUAUAGAUGGGUGGAAGAAAGCCAAGAAGAAGGGGUUGUUGUUCAAACUUGAUUUUGAGAAAGCUUAUGACUCCAUCAAUUGGGGGUUUUUUUUUUCCAUGUUAUCAAAUUUUGGUUUUGGUUCUAAAUGGAUUUCUUGGAUGAAAGAAUCCAUCUCAACUUCUAGAAUUUCAGUACUUGUGAAUGGGUCACCAACUAAAGAGUUUAGUCCUCAAAAAGGCCUUAAUAUUCUACUGCUCAGAGCUAGGGAGUUGGGAUUGAUUAAAGGGAUACAUAUUGGUGUCAAUGGGGUGGUUGUUCACAUCUACAAUUUGCUGAUGAUUCACUACUAUUCUGUGAAGCUGAUGUGCAGGAGGGUAGGAAUUUCUGAUAGUUUUCUCAAGGAUUUUGCUAUUUUGCUUAAUUGUAAAACCCAGAGUAUACCACUGAAAUUCCUUAGUUUACCUUUGGGUGCUUCUCCAACCAGAAAGAAGGUUUGGAAACUUGUCAUUGACAAGAUCAAAAUUAGACUUGCUGGGUGGAAAAUGAGGUUUCUUUCCUUUGCUGGCAAACUGACACUAAUCAAGUCAGUGCUGUCCAGUUUGCCUGUGUGUUAUCUAUCACUAUUCAAGAUGCCAGAAGGUGUUGCAAAGGAAAUCAAUCGAUUACAAGAUGCUUUCUUGUUGGGGAUGGGCACAGAAUUGAAAAGAAAGAUUUAUCUAGUGUAA